CAAUAUGCUAACGUUAACUAACGUCACCUAAUACAACAGAGAAGUUAGCUAACGUUAGACAGCUACAUUAGUUUGUGUUUACUUACCGUUCACUCUUUUGUCCGGUGUGCUGCUUUGCAGGAGUGGGCGGCUUCCUCGCCUCGUACUAACAGCAGCCUAGCUAGCUAGCUAGCUAACUGAAACGUCAGCUAACGAUGCUAGCUACCGUCGAAUGCUAGCUAGCAAGUUAGUCGUCAAGCUUGUUGGCUAACUUUAGCCGUUAGCUCGCUGAUUAGUUGACACCGGCUACAACUGUAAGUACGGACAAUCCUGUGCGUCCGACGCCCCGGUGCUCGCUGUGUUGCUGGCCGAAAACUGCAAGUACCAGAAGGACAGACAAACUGUCAGCUGUGACAGCUUGUACUACAAUGCUGACAGGUCAACUACACAGGAACUACAAAACUUCGACAUCCUUAAAGGAACUGACAUACAGAGUUGGAUAUUUCCGGUCUUGUAUCGUGCUGCCGCCUAGUGGACAUUCUGUAUAUUGCAGAAGGUCACUUCAAGAAGAUGUCCUUCAUUUGAUUAUGAGGCUUCCACUGAUGCUAGCUAUAAAGCAUGUCUGACAAGAGUGAGCUGAAGGCUGAACUAGAGAGGAAGAAACAACGGAUCGCUCAGAUUCGAGAGGAGAAGAAGAGGAAAGAAGAGGAGAAGAAAAAGAAGGAUGGUGACUCGAAGCGUGGAGCCGAGGCGGGUGGUGGGUCUUCUGGCCAUGAAGACUCAGACCUGGAGAGGAAGAGGAGGGAGGCGGAGGCUCUGCUACAGAGUGUUGGCAUCACUCCUGACAUAUCUCACGCUCAGCCCCUGAGGGUAGUAACAGAAGAUACCUGUCUGUUUCACUACCUAGUCCCCGCCCCCAUGUCUCCCUCCAACAAAUCAGUGGGCAGCGAUGCGGGAAGCCAAGAUUCUGGUGAUGGAAACGCAGGACCAAGGACAUUGCAUUGGGAUCCUGACCCCUCUACUCUGCAACUCCACUCCGACUCUGAGCUCAUGGGACGUGGAGCUGUGAGGCUGGGUAUGUCCAAAGUGACCCAGGUGGACUUUGUCCCGAAGGAAAUGGUGUCCUACUCCAAAGAAACACAGACACCCACCGAGGCACUGACACACAGCGAUCAAAAAGCAGAUGAGGAAGAGGAUGAGGAGAUAACUGCUCCCCCACCAACAGAGGACACCCAGGAGGAUAAAGAUGAACAGGGCGAGCAGCAGGAGGAGGACACUCCCAAAGAGCUGACCGAAGAAGAAAAGCUGCAGGUCCUGCACUCUGGGGAGUUCUUGUCAUUUUUCGAGCGGGGCAGCAGAAUUGUGGAGAGAGCUCUGGCCGAGCAGGUGGACGUCUGCUUCGACUACAGCGGCAGAGAUCUGGAGGAUAAGGAGGGUGACUUGCAGGCGGGUGCAAAGCUGGUUCUGAACAGGCAGUUUGCAGAUGAGCGCUGGACUAAAAACAGAGUGGUCACCUGUCUGGACUGGUCCCCUCAGUAUCCAGAGCUGCUGGUGGCCUCAUAUAACAACAACGAGGAUGCUCCCCAUGAGCCUGAUGGAGUGGCACUGGUCUGGAACAUGAAGUACAAGAAGGGCACACCCGAGUACAUCUUUCACUGCCAGUCAGAGGUGAUGUCAGCUGGGUUUGCGAAGUUUCACCCCAACCUGGUGGUGGGUGGGACGUACUCCGGACAGAUUGUCUUAUGGGACAACAGGAGCAACAAGCGCACCCCUGUUCAGAGAACUCCCCUGUCUGCAGCUGCACACACGCACCCGGUCUACUGUGUGAACGUAGUAGGAACCCAAAACGCUAACAACCUGAUCAGCAUUUCCACUGAUGGCAAAAUGUGCUCCUGGAGCCUCGACAUGCUCUCCCAGCCGCAGGACAGUCUGGAGCUGGUUUUCAAACAGAGCAAAGCGGUGGCCGUCACCUCCAUGGCUUUUCCUCUUGGUGACGUGAACAACUUUGUGGUGGGGAGUGAGGACGGCUCUGUCUACACAGCCUGUCGCCACGGGAGUAAGGCAGGUAUCACCGAGGUGUUUGAGGGCCAUCAUGGUCCUGUGACCGGGCUGAGCUGUCACAGUGCUGGAGGACCUGUUGACUUCUCUCAUCUCUUCAUCUCCUCCUCUUUUGACUGGACCGUCAAACUCUGGAGCACCAAGAGUACCCGUCCGUUGUACUCGUUCGAGGACAGUUGUGACUACGUCUAUGACGCGAUGUGGUCCCCAACACACCCUGCUCUGUUUGCUUGUGUGGACCUAGCUGGACGCCUGGACCUGUGGAACCUCAACAAUGACACAGAAGUUCCCACUGCCAGUGUGAGUGUGGAGGGGGCUCCAGCACUGAACCGUGUGAGAUGGGCUCACUCUGGCAAAGAGAUUGCUACUGGGGAUUCGGAGGGACAGGUUCAAGUCUACGAUGUAGGGGAGCAAAUCUGUGUGCCCAAGGCUGACGAGUGGACGCGCUUCGUCAGGACACUGGUUGAGAUCAAUGAGAACCGAGAUGAAGCUGAGGAGCUGGCCAACGUCUGAUGUUACAAAUCCCAUAACUGCUCAAAAAUGUCUCCAGUACGCUACACAUGUAUAACACACUACACUGGCGUCCAGCUUUUCCACCUACUACAACAUAAAUUGGCCUGAGGAGAUGUGCAGAGCUAGAAGGGAUAGAAAAGACAGCUUUAGACAAGUUUUAGAUGUGUUUUGAAAUGUGUCUUUAAGAGUAUUUGUAGGAACAAUGAGUGUGACGUGUAGCAGUAGUAGCACAGAAACCACAGUUAAGUGGUUGAAAGUGGCAGAGGAAUACAGGGAAGUGAUUUUCAGCACAGAUGUGGGCUGUCCCAUCUAAACUUCUAGCUUUGAUAACAUCCUCAGGACUCCAGAAACUGCUCUUCUCCUGAGGCCUCAACCAACUCAGCCCUUUUUUAAAUAUGCAAACCUUUGUACUUGCACCUUUUUAUCACCAUUUGUGUGUUUUUACAUGUUUUAAUAUUUUCCGGCACGCUUGUGCACAUGGCUGGCAGAGUGAGGGGGGGGGGGGGAGAAAAGCUGACAUAUCAGUUCCUCUUUAUCCUCAGCAGCACUUGAAGUUGAUGACUAAAACAGCUAACGUGCUUACACAUGCAGACUCGCGCCUGUGCAGAAAUGUGUCAUUUACAUUUUAACCACUACAAUAUUUAAUAUUUAUUCUGGUGGUUGCACUUAUUUAAAUAUUUUGUUUAUUUAAAAAUGCUGCUUUGUACUAAAAGAUUGGGUAGUACAUUCCUAAAAUAAGCACUACAAGCUUUUUAGCAGGCAAAAUCCGUCACUAUACUUGCCUUGAAUUUAUUGACACUCGUACAGUUAAAGGCGUUUUUUUUUUCUGUACCAAAGGUUGUUUUAUACUCUGUACAUGUAUAAUGAGUAGUAGAACAUUUUUCGGACUUGUCCUCUUUAAGAGGAUCUAAAUGAACUACAGUAAGUUUUAAAUGGAGGUGUAAAGCUGAGGUUGGAAACAAAUUUUUAACCACAGAACAUGAAUUGAUUUUCAUUGUUUUCCAUUUCCAUCCAAUUUUACAUUCCUUCCAGGAUGCAGCAAUCCGAUCUCACUAGUAGGCUAGUAAAAAGAUCUGCUUCAAACGCUUUCUCUUUAAUGUUUAAAAUGAGCUCAAGAUGCAUUGUAGCAACCAUAUUUGAUAAAACAUGAACAAAAUAGAUAUUCUGCAUAGACUAAUUGUACUGUACUCUUUCCUGUUACUGUUCCUGAUACAGUUGAUGGUUGCACUUUUCCAUUGGAAUAAAACUCAAGACAUUGUUAAAAUUAAAACCAUAUGGAUGAUUUAUUUCAAUAAAAUACAAUGACUGAA